UUGUUUCUCUCUCUCUCUCUCUAUAUAUAUGCAUUCAUUGAGCUUAAUUGGGUUAAUUUGUUGAUAGUUGUUUGAGAGAGUACUAUAGUGAAGAAGAUGGGGAGACAACCAUGCUGUGACAAAGUAGGGCUGAAGAAGGGACCAUGGACAGCUGAAGAGGACAAGAAGCUCAUUAACUUCAUCCUCUCCAAUGGCCAAUGCUGUUGGAGAGCUGUCCCUAAACUCUCAGGAUUGUUAAGGUGUGGUAAGAGUUGCAGGCUGAGAUGGACAAACUACCUUAGGCCAGACUUGAAGAGGGGUCUCUUAUCAGACUAUGAAGAGAAGAUGGUUAUUGAUCUCCAUGCUCAGCUUGGCAACAGUGGAGAGAUGAAGACCUGAGUCUUGGACAGGCUCCCAUACCAACACGCUAAGCCCUUGGCUUCAAUAAAAGAUGCAGAUUUAGAAAUUCAUUAAGCUACCCAUUCAUUAUCAUAAGGAAAAUGACUUGUACCUCCCCAAGGGCACCCCACUACCUUCUCUUUUUAUGAUUGGUUAAUUUUUCUUUUCUUUUUCUUCUCCUCCAAUCUUCAGCUCCCAUGUGUCUAUGAAGUGGUGAAAGUGAUGAUUGAAGGAGUCUCAAUCACUUCUGUUAUUAUAAUUUUAUUUAAUUAAGUUCUCUCUCAAUCAUAUGCAGCUGACCAAAAUAAAGGAAAGGUGUCUCAUAAAAUUUUUAAGAGUAGUAAAUUACAUUGAUAAUUCUUGUGUUUUUAUUUUUAUUUUGAUUUUUAUUGUGAUUCUUAUGAUUUUAACUAACUCAAUUUUAAUUUUAAAUUUAUAAUUUUUCUCAAUUUAAUCUAAUUACUUACUGGGUUGCUUGUUAUGGAUUAUUUUAACCAAUUUAUAGAUUUUAGCUUUGAAAAAAUUAUUUUGGACUAUUUAGUUAAACUUAUUUUAAAGAGUUUCUGAUUCUAAUAAUUUAUUUUAACUCAAAAAAAUUGAUUCUGAAAAAUUGUGCAUUCUCUACUUCUGAUUAUUGGUUUUUAUUGUAGGCAUCAAUUAACAAUUAAUAGGUGUAAAAAUGACAUUUACACAUCAAAAAGUUAUUUCAUAGCUUAUUUACUAAAUAUUACUUAGCAAUUUAAAUUUAUAAUCAAGCAGCUGCACCAAACAGAUUAAUAAUUUCUGAUUAAAAUUAUAAUCUAUAAUCUAUUUUAACAGCUGCAUCAAACACUCCCUACAA